AUCCGGUCUGGCUUUUGUGCUUGCUAGCACAAGAGUGUGAGUGUUUAAGGAGUCCCAUCGAAUCGAGCCGCGGCGUCUCUUCCCUCUUCCCCGGAUCCUUUUCAAAGUCCCUCCCGAACCUCUCCCCCUUCUUCCCUUGCCACCCUACCCACCCCCUGGACACACUUCAACGGACGGUUCUGAGAUUUGGCCUUUGACCAAAUAUUCACGCCUGUCUAUCGCAUCCAUCUGCAUCAAUGGACCCAAGUCUGGUUGAAGGAGGACUUAAUGUCACCUUAACUAUCAGGUUACUCAUGCAUGGAAAGGAGGUUGGAAGUAUCAUUGGCAAGAAAGGGGAGUCUGUUAAGAAAAUGAGAGAGGAGAGUGGCGCUCGCAUCAACAUCUCUGAGGGGAACUGUCCAGAGAGGAUCAUAACCCUGGCAGGACCCACCACGUCCAUUUUCAAAGCAUUCUCCAUGAUCAUUGAGAAAUUGGAGGAGGACAUCAGUACCUCAAUGACUAAUAGUACAGCCACCAGCAAACCACCAGUCACCAUGCGCCUCGUCGUACCUGCCAGCCAGUGCGGGUCGCUCAUCGGCAAAGGGGGCUGCAAGAUCAAAGAAAUUAGAGAGUCAGCAGGAGCUCAGGUACAAGUAGCAGGGGACAUGUUGCCCAACUCAACAGAACGUGCCAUCACUGUUGCAGGGACCCCACAGUCCAUCAUUGAGUGUGUGAAGCAGAUCUGUGUUGUCAUGCUUGAGUCCCCUCCGAAGGGAGUAACCAUCCCAUACCGACCCAAACCCUCAGGCUCUCCUGUCAUCUUUGCAGGUGGUCAGGCAUACGCUGUCCAAGGACAGCACGCCAUUCCUCAGCCUGAUGUAAGUGAAGGGCCCUCUCUCACCAAACUUCACCAGCUGGCCAUGCAGCAGAGCCCCUUCCCCAUUGCGCACAGCAACCAGGGCUUCCAGGCUGGGAUGGACGCCUCUGCACAAACUGGCUCACAUGAGCUCACCAUUCCAAACGACCUCAUCGGCUGCAUCAUUGGCCGUCAGGGGGCGAAGAUAAAUGAGAUCCGUCAGAUGUCGGGCGCUCAGAUCAAGAUUGCCAAUCCUGUGGAGGGUUCCACUGACAGACAGGUCACCAUCACUGGCUCCCAUGCCAGCAUCAACCUUGCUGAGUACCUGAUCAAUGCUCGGCUGUCAUCUGAAGCCAGUGGACUCGCCAACUGACAUGGAGGAUCUUCAUCAGCAUCUAACUUUGCCCCUGCCCCGAUUUUUUACCAAGAGGUCCCUUAUUGAACUUCAUGCAAAAAUACCAUGAACUCCAUGAACUGGUCUCCUCUGCUUUGAGUUCUAUACGCCUCGGUUGUCCCUAUGGCAUCAUCACGAUCAUGGUAUUCUAUUUAUUUAUAACAUUUGAAAUUCCCAUUAGAAUAAUUUCUAAAGACUUCUGUUUUUUUUUUCUUUUACUGUAUGUCUUUAGGGUCUUGAUAAAGGUUAAAAUGUUUUAGAAAAAUCUGAAAAUGCGUAAAUCUUUUUUAUGUCAGAUUUUUCUUAGAAAAUGCAAAAAUGAAGAAAAAAACCCACUCAACAAAGAUGGACUGUUCUUUCCCUUCCCUUUUAAAUAUAUUUAUUUUUAUUUAAGACAGCUCCUUGUAAGAAGAGAAUCUAUUGAUGAUAUUUGGAGCUGUGCUGCUUGAGCAAUGCAUUUUGGGUUUGACGGGUUUUUAAUGGGUCAAAAUGGCCUCAGUUGAAGUUGAACGCAGGAAAGAAAAGAAAAAAAACUCGAAAAGUUUGCCAUUGUAUGAAUUUUAAACUGUUUGAUAUCACCUCUGAGUAAUUGUGUCAUUCCUGUGUUUCUUGAUCAGAAAUUUUGACCAUUGUUUUGUAUUGCAUUCUGAUGUGUGUGGGUGGGCCUGGGUCGCCAGGAAUGGGCAUGAAUAAGAGGAAAAUAUUUUUAAUUUUUCCAAAAUUACUAAAGACCAUACUAAUGAUAACAUUUGAAAUGUUUGUUUUAAAUAGAGGAAAUAUUUUUUUUAACUGCUGGGCUGGGGAAUUCUGCAAGGCUACAAAAGACAUGUUGGUCUUUAAAAGUAUAUAAUGCUGGGUAUAAAUUAUGAUAAACUAGAAGGAAAUUAAUUAUAGAAUAAUGAGUUUUCUGCUAUCUUUUUUUUUUUGCCUGGGUCAGUUUUUUUUCUUUUCUUUGCAGGAUGAAGAAACUCACGUUUUGUGGACGAUUACAAACUUGUAGAUCUGGGUGCAAUUAAAUUGUUGAAGACAAAAAUGCAGAAAUAAAAAGAUGUGAGAUGCUUAAA